AUGGAAGUCUCAACGGUGGACAUUCAACAACUCUACGACCUGCAGGGUACCCCGAUCAAAGUGGAAUUACAGUCCGCCACCAGAGCCAAAGAGAUUUAUGGAAAUUUGUAUACGGUGGAUCCGGAUACGAGGAAUUUGGUGAUCGCACAAUUCAAUGAGGAGGACAAAGGUGGGCCAGAGGCGAUUUGAAUUUUUUGGAAGACCUUUUGGACAAGAAAAUUGAGAUUUUUGGUAAAAAAUGGAUAAAACAAGGUUUUCCUGGGGUUUUCGAAAUUUUUAGGUCGAAAUUUUUCGACAAUGAUCUCUGCCAUGGCUCAUACGAGGUUUUUAGAACUUAAUAAAGCUAUUUUCUUUCAAAAAUUUUGUUUUUUUUAUAUUACAUUAACAUUUUUAGUGUCUCCAUCCAAGCUCCUCCUAAUUCCAUCAUACUCGAUCAAACUAGUCCAUGAACUCACCGGAAUCGAUGAAUUUCCCGAAACCUCGGGCACUGUGGACAAUCUAAUCGAACAAAUUGACCAACGUUUCGCUCAAAAACCCGAAGAAAAUGAGCCAGAAGGCCUAGUACAAGGUCGAAAGCAAGCUCUAUUGGACCAUUUGAACGCUCAAAAUGUCCCAUUUGAAGAAACCGAAAAGACCAUCAAAGUGGGCCCAGUGAUUAUCGAAUAUCCGUACAACAAACAGAGCAUGAUCUCAGAGAAUUUGGUGGCGCUCGAAAGAACUCAGAAAGUAUUAGCUAAUGUUUUACAGUAA